AACCAGCAGUAGGUGAAACUUGCAGAAGGAUUGCUGAAACUCUUGGCUUUUGGAGCCCAUUUGUAACACAUCAGAGAAUGUUAUAAGCAAGAAUUCAUUUUGCUCGUGUUCCCAAGAUCUACUCCAUCCCUUAAAGAUAGAAGUAAUUAAUGGCAGGAUCAAUCUAAGCACAAGAGAGGGCAGUUUUCCAUCAAUCUAGAGCAACAGUCGUGUAGUUCUUGAAUUGUUUCCCUCUUCCUUAUUCUCUAACUCAGAGACCUGUUGAUCGUUUUUUGAAUGUUAAUUUCCUGAUCGUGUUAACUGUGUUCCCAUGUCUUGUGUAAUCCCAUGUUUCCUUCUACAUCCUUAAUAGUUUUUUGUGUUCUGUUGCCAAAAUGUCUCAGAUCCUGCUGUGCAGUUACCAGAUGUCAGUGCAGGAAUGUGGUAUAUUGGAAAGCCGGACGGUGAAAAACAAGAGUUGCUUGAUAUUAACUUAAUCAGGAACUGCCUCAGACAUGGUUCAACUUCGCAUGUAAUGCAAACCUCUCCAAUGAUGCAGCAGUAACUGUGGAUUACUUUCCCCCCCGAGUCCCACUUCUGACCAGUAUUUUGUGGUGGGAGUGAGUGUAACUCCAGUUUCAGUUCAGUGGCUGCUUGCAGGGAAUACUGUGUGCAGAUCCCUUCACUCUUAUCUUUGUCCUGGCCUGGUGCUCUACUGGUGGCAGCUCAAGGCAUGCUGUCGUACUGCUGAAGGAUUAACAUGUGGUCAGAGCAGAGUGCCAUUGGGGUCUCUAAAAGAGUAUAUCCAAAAGAUCAUAGAAUCAUUUUAGUUGGAAAGGACCCUUGAAGAUCACCUAGUCCAACUCCUGCAAUGAAUAGGGACAUCCACAGCUAUAUCAGGGUGCUCAGAGCAAAUUUCUUCUGCAGAGCUUUGCAGACAGGUAGGAAAAUUCCACCUUAUCAAUAGUGGUUUUCCAUUAUUGGUGGAUGGCCUGGUGUCCAUAGUAAAAAUGACUUUAUAACAAAUGUGUGUAAUAAUGUUGAGAAAAUGCUGUGCUUUUUGCCAGAUCGUGUUAUGUAGUUGCUGUCCGUGGACUUAAUUUGGUAAUAAAAUGUCAUUUACUCUGGGGAGAGCUGUCCUGCUGCACCUCAGGAAGAAGAGCUGUGUAAGAAGGAAGGCACUGACCAAGUCUUUGCCAGCCAGACAGCGGGAGCAGCGUGGAACAGGGAUGGACAGCAGAAAUAAAGGGCCUUCUGUUUCUCUUCAUAAUGGCUCUCUGCCUCAAGGUCUUUUUUGGAGAUGGGAGACAUCUGGCUUUGGGAACAUCCUUUAUGUCAAGCAAACAGGUCACUGCAGUUUCUGCGCCUCUGUCAUGGAUCCAUUUGUGCUGCAGAGUUUCUCCACUUUCCCCUGCUCCUUAGCAGAAGGCCCACAGCACUCUGCUCGUAAAUCCUGCCUGGAUGUGGGUACCUGAAAGCACUGUCUGCACUCAGUGCUUCGUGUGCUGUUACGUACAGUGCUGCUGGAAAGAACAGACAGGAGGAUUUUAAAACACUGACUGGAUGAACAUAACCAAGCGCCCUUUAUUGCUGCCAUCAGGAGGAGCAGCAGCAAGGGGCUGCUUGAAAAACUGAGCUCAGUGUUUUCAUCUUCAAACAAACACAGCACUGUGUUUUGCAAAGUUAACGUUCCCUGGUUAUUCUCUCCACAUAUCUGGGGUUAAACCGUGCCUGUUUGUUUGUGUCUCUCUCUUUAAAGCAGCAGCAGCAGACUUCUGUGGAGAGAUGCAAUCAUGAAAGGCCUUGCGGAAACCCCACGUGACUGGGCCGGUUGAAACAUGUUUUAAACAAUUCGGGAAAGUUUGAAACUAUUUUUGGUUUUCUCAGUUUACAACCCCAUCUGCCCACUCCUCUCUUUCAAAGCCCUGCCUGAAGAUAACCCUUCGUGAUGGUCUCAAGGGAAAGAGCGGCCCUAACACUGGCUGUGCCUGGUACUGUGGCCUGGUCCUCUCUGGGCACCCUGCCCAUAGACCUGGUUUGCUGAGCAUGUGGAAGGGAGAUGUAUGGCCUUAAGAGCCAAAAGCCUUCCUCAAUCAGCUGCUGCCAACCUGUGUGCUCUGGGCUUGUUAUGGCAGCGGGUGUUUACAUCCCUGAGCUCUGAGGGCUCUUCGGCAGUCAGCCACAAGGGCAUGAGCUGCUGUGGAGUGCGUCCAGGAGGGCCUUCAUCUUUUGAUAGAGUGCCUUAGGCAUUGCACCCUGAGCAAAGUAUGGAAGCUCUGAUUUAUUGCUGUAAACUUAGCCUGUGCUGUAGUGGCUGGAAGAGCCCUGGUGAGGUGUAUCCCAGCUCUGGGCCUCCCAGUGCCAAGCAGCUGUCUGUGGCUGGUGCCUUCCUCCAGGAAAGAGGGCAGAGGGAGGCCAUGCUCACCACAUGAGGAGGCCAGCCUUCUCCUUGUUCACCUUGUCCUCAUUGCAUGUAAAUGACCCCACGCGAUGCCAUUUGCACAGCAGAUGAUUAGCAGGGCUUGCCUACCUUCAGCGUGGAAAAAUGAACGUGGCUUUACCAUUAUGCAGUUGACUGUUUGAAUCCAGAAGCUUAUUUCUUGAAGGUGAAACCUAAUGAUGCUUUGCUGGGACAAGAUGAGAUGCACUCCUUCUGAUCCGGAUGUUACUGAAAUAAGAGUGGUGUUGCCUGUGGAUAGAGACAUAACAUACUUCAUGGUGUGUAAAGGUAACAGGCAGCUCCUUCCCAAUGGGUGGGCACGUAGCACGUCAGAAAUAGGGAAGCAUGCCUCACAAAUGGCUAUUUAUUUCUCACUGAUAGUAUUAAGGCACUGUCAGAUGAGUCCCCCAGUGACAUCUGGGAUGGUGGGGAGAUUUGUAGGUAAUCAUGAACCAGCGAAUCCUGCUAAUGGCUGGUUCAUCACCCAAGAAAAACCUUUUCAUCUUUCCAGAGACUUCUUUUCAGACGGCCGUAAUAGCAGUAGUCCUGGUCAAGGCAACCACAGGAGUGGACGUGGGUCUGUGGUGGCUUUGUUCAGGCAGCACAUUAAUUCCUGAACUCCAGAAUAAUAGCCCAGCAUCAAAAAGGCUCAAAUGGCACUCGAAAAUAAGACUGUUCUGGUCAUCUUCAGCUACUGCUCCAGGUGCCAGGACUCUGUAUUUUCCCAAGCCUGCUUCCAGAAACAUGGGGGAUCCCUUGGGUUUGACCAACUACCGCAGGAGCUGAGUUUUGUGAGAAAGCGUUGACACUGGAACUAUUGGUUAGAGUGAUAAAAAUCCACCAUUGCUCAUUCAUUCUUCCUGCACUGAGGAGCCUGAGCAUCAUCACAGGCCUGAGAGGUUUCCACCGAAAACAAACAAGCUGUCAGAUGCCUCCACGAUCUUUUAUCUGGUAAUAAUUGUCUUCUCUCUGCGGAUUUCACUGGCAAACAUCUAUUCAUAAACUUUUUCAAAGGCUCCUUUUCUUAAGGAAAGAAAAAAAGAAGGGUGUGUUUCUUUUAGUUUUAAAGGAGACCAGGCUGAAUGGGUUUCAAAGCUUCAGAGGGCUUACAACGUCGGGCUGGUGUGCGUAGCUCUGUGAAGUAGGUGAUUAUAAUGCUUUUAAAUGACAGCAACCUCUCGCACCAAAAGCUGCUGCGGUUGUAAAAUAUUUUCCCAUCUCAGUUUCUAAAGUUCGGGGAAAGCAGCCCACAGUCACUGCUUCAAGUUUCUUAGUGGCAAGGAAGUGGCAAACGUGUUUAUCUGAGUGCUUUAAGUUCUGUUCUAGUGAUCCCGGGCCUGACUCAACCUUAAAGGAUGUGGGAAAUCUAUUACCUGGCUUUUAGGUGUAGGAUAUGGACUCAGCAGCAGGGGGUGAGCCCCAGGUCCCCACUGCAACAAAAGACCACCCGAGAGGGACCGUAAUCAGCAAAGUGCUUUAGAUUAGUAGCUAGAGCCAGAAAAAAAGGGUGCUUCUGUUGUGAUGAGAGUUAGAUCCACGUUAAUAGAAAGGCUUUGGGGUUUGUUUUUAUUCUCUAUUGUUAGAAAGAAAAACAUCACAGCGACGAAGUAUUUCUUCUGCUUCAGUGAAGCGCUGAGCUGAGGUCACCGUGUGACUUCAUAGGUAGUCACAGACUGCUACAAUUGAAGGAAACCAUCAUUUACCACCUGUUAUUUAGCAGAUGGGCACAGCUGAAACACAGCACUGCAGGAGGCUUUGUUGUUUCCUUAUCAAAUCCUGUGAGGAUGUGAUACCCCCUGAGACCACUAAGUGCUGCUGGGCUUGGGUGUUGCUGGCCGCAGCGGGUGAACCCUGAAAGCUUUGGUGGUUCACAUUAGCAUCAAAGAAGCUGGCUGCUUUCCCUGGGUUCCAGCUCAUGCUGAACCUUUAAUAAUAACACACGAGGACUCAGUAUUACAGGAAAGAGCAGGCUGGAUUAUUGGGCACACUGGACAUGAGCAGUCGCCUACAUAAAUUAGCUGAACUCCCGGUAUCCUGUGUGGGCAUGUACUGGGGCCUGUGCAAAGCUCAGAUGGAUUCCUCAACAGCUCUGUCCUUGGAGGUCUGUAUGGAGCAUUGCUGUGGGACACCAGUGUGGUUCUUCCAUGAAGCACUGACAGACUUUGGAGGAGUUCAGUCAUUCAUUCACCAAAAGAGUUGCCACCCACCAGCUGUGGCUGCCUCUGGCCCCUCCAACCUGGCCCCAAACGCCUCCAGGGAUGGGGCACCCACAGCCUGUUCCAAGAUGUGCUGGGUUUCUUCCUCUGUCCUGCCACAGAAACUUGUCAGAGCUUCACAGCUUUGGGAGACUCCUCCCAUUGUUAUAUUUGUUGCAGUUAGUUUGCCAGAAGGUUUAAAUAUUGCCAAAGCCACGACAACGGACACUUGAAUGUGCUCUGAAAGAGACUCAUUCCCUCAGGAUAUCGCUCUCAAAAAAGGAAAUGAUCCCAACGAAUUGGAGAGGCUCUUGUCAGAGAUGAAGCGAUUGGAGCAGAAUGGAUCAGGGAGAGCUGAGUGCACCACCUGUCCACCAGCAGCUCAUUGAUUGCGGGGAAAUGGCCGAACAGGGGCUGAAUGAUGUGUCAGGCCCGAGCCCUCUGUACCUGUCUGACCUCCCGUCAGGUGAAUCUGGGAUCAGCCUUGUUUGCAUAGGAGACAGGAUAGGUGAGCAGGGUGUUGCUCGCAAACCAGUUUCCACUGGUGGGAGUAAACUUGGAUUCUGAGCACAGUGGAAACCACGCUGGAGCUGAAAUUCUGGCUUCAGACUGCGCCAUAGCUUCUGCCCCAUCCAACCUGGCCUUGGAAGCCUCCAGAGAUGGGGCACCACAGCUUCUCUGGACAGUCUGUGCCAGCGCCUCCCCGCUCUCUGAGUGAAGAAUUUCUACCUAAUAUCUAACCUAAAUCUCCCCUCUUUUGGUUUAUCUUUUGGUUUAUUGGUUGGUGGUUGUGGAUGCCCCGUCCUUGGAGGUGUUCAAGGCCAGGUUGGACGGGGCCCUGGGCAACCUGAUCUAGUAAAUGUGUAUGUUUGGUGGCCCUGCUAAGCAGGAGGGUUGGAACUACAUGAUCAUUGGGGUCCCUUCCAACCCGGGUCAUUCUGUGAUUCUGUGAUCUCCAUUCCCCCUUGCUUUAGAGGACAUGUUGCAGCCAUUGGCUGCCACAUGCUGAGAAGAUGGCAAACGACAGAUGUUCAUAGUGCUUCAUGUCCAUCACGGUGCUACCUGAUGUAGUGUUCGGGUACGUUGCUGCAGGCUGUGUGUGUAUUGGUGCCCAUGAGCAAAACCAAGAGGGAGCACUCUAUGCAGCACACGUGUGACUGAUGGCCUCAGUGAGUGGGGCCAGGAUGGACAUCUCAGGGCAGUCAUAGGCGGUCAGACAGCAAUUCGGAUUAAUGAAGUCUGAUGUUCCCCAAACCGAAUUAAACACAACGUGCAGUUCAUCCCAAAGGAAAACUUGGACUGAAAACUGAGUAGUUUACGGGGAGUUCGGCAGGUGACCGAAGCCGUGGUUGAAACAGAGGCUGAUUUUAACACUGCGGUGUAAUGUGAACUUUUAGGAUGGAAAUCCCACCUGUAACAAACACACCGACCCCACCGUCUCCGGAGAGACGUUAGUAACAGUUCCACGCGGUGCAGCCGUUACCCAGCUCCUUGGAGCGCCGAGGCUUCGGAGCUCAGCGGCAGCGAGAGCGAUCACUGCGCACAUCACGAGCUGUAGGGGAGGGAAACACCCGCUUGGCAGAGCUCAGCGCUUUCCAGAGGUGAUGUGGGGCCGGGACGUGAACCUGGGAGCUGCUGGGGGCUUUCGGCUGAAGGAGCCGGGGUAGAAAACCAGGUCACAUAGAGUUGGGAGAGGCUGGAAGUUAACGCGUGCGCCGGGGCUGCGGGAGGCGAGAGGGAAAGAGAAGGAGUGAGGAUGCCGGGGGCCGCAGGGUCUGUGGGUGGGACAGGGAGCUCCCGGCCCCCGGAUUAAAGCCGGGACCGAGGGAAACCGGGACCCCGGCGGGGAGACGCCGAGCCGGGCGGGAGGAGCGGGGCCGCCCCGGCCCCUCCCCGCCGCCCGCCUCCACCGUGCCGAGCCGUGCCGAGCCGAGCAGGACGCAGCCGUCGGCAGCCCCGAGGUUCGCAGCUCGGCGGCGCUCCGCACAGCCUCGGGCCGGUGCAGGGCACCCAAAGGGGCUGGGCGGGACGGUGCGGGAUGGCGCCGUGUCAGCUGGGCACCCUGCGCUGAACCAGAGGCUGUCUUGGAUGAAGGCUGAGGGUGUGCUAUGGAGCUGGGUUUCAACUGCUCUGAGCUCUGCGAUGGCCAGCCUGGCUUCGGCAACCAGGAUCAGCAGCGGCGGAUGCUGCAGGAGCUCUGCACUGUCACUAUCACGUCAUCUGACCGCAGUGCAAAGAGCUCCCCAUCCUUCUCCGCUGCCCUCCUGGGAGUCGUGUGGACGUUUCUGACCGCAGGAGUCCUGCUUGCUCUAUUCUUCCUUGCCUUCACCAUCCGUUUCAGGAAAAACAGGAUUGUGAAGAUGUCCAGCCCCAAUCUGAACAUUGUGACCCUGCUGGGCAGUGGCUUGACUUAUGCUAGUGCUUACCUCUUCGGGAUUCAGGAGCAGAGCCUGUCAUCGGGGAAAUCAGAAAUGCUCAUCCAGCUGCGGCUCUGCCUGCUGUGUGUGGGGACCUCUCUGGUGCUUGGGCCCAUCCUGGGAAAGAGCUGGAGGCUCUACAAGGUGUUCACCCAGCGGGUGCCGGACAAGAGGGUGAUUAUCAAAGACCUCCAGCUGCUGGCAAUGAUAGCGGUGUUGGUGUUGGCGGAUGCUGUGCUGCUCUUCACGUGGGUUUUCUCCGACCCGGUCCAAUGCUUCCGGAGCUUCAGCGUCUCAUUGCGGGCCACAGAGAAAGGCAUGACCUGCUCAGUGAACCGGAUGCAGUCCUGUGCAUCUCUUUAUUCCGAUCUUUGGCUCGUUCUCGUUUUAGGGUUUAAGAGUGUGCUGCUGCUGUACGGGACGUACCUGGCCGGCCUGACUGACGGCGUCAGCUCUCCACCAGUCAACCAGUCCCUAACGCUCAUCGUGGGGGUCAACCUCAUCUUCCUGGUGGCCGGCACCGUUGUUUUGGUUCACCGCUUCUUCCGCACUUGGCACAACUUGCUCUUCGGUAUCACCUCUGGAGGCAUCUUUGUGUGUACGACCACGAUCAACUGCUUCAUCUUUGUCCCCCAGCUCAGGCAGUGGAAGGCCUUUGAAGAAGAAAACCAGACUCUGAGCCACAUGGCAAAAUACUUCAGCAGCCCAAGCAGGAGCUACCACUCAGUGUACAGCGAGGAGCAGCUCUACCAGCUGAUAGAGGAGAAGAACGCCAUGAAGCAGCUGCUGACAGAGAAAAAUGCCGUGAUUGAGAGCCUGCAGGAGCAAGUGAACAACGCCAAGGAGAAGCUGAUGAGGCUGAUGUCAGCGGAGGGUGGCUGCAGCCCUGCAGUGUUGAAUCCCUGCACCCAGAGCACAGGGCAGCAUAGCGACAAGUGCAGCAGCGCUGGGGAUGUGCCCAUGGAGAACUGGUCUCUGGAUGUAGAGAAGGAUGGGCAGCAAACUUCCUCUGUGCCUCACAGUCCCGUGCCUCCUAACAGCGAUGCUCAGGACCUCUGGAAACAUGUGGACCAUGAGCACAGACUGAUGGAGGAGCCUGAGUGCUCACCAGAACUGCUUUUUGACAUGGGAAACAGCCUGGAAUGCAGCCCAGAACAUGCCCAGGAGUGUGGAAUGCUCGCUGAGAAGCUUCCUCUGGAGCAGGAUGCCUUAGCUGCUGUGGUUGUAGAGCAUCCCCCCAAGGUCAGCUAUGUGAGCAGUGACAAGCUGCAGGAAGUCUUGCAGGAGCUCAGCCUGGACAGCAGGACCUGCAGCCCAGCCCUUCCGAUGCACACAGGUGGGAUAUGGAGGGCACAAGAGGGGCACCCAGCCGUCCACAGCUCCCUCACCCCAUACCCGCCCUGGCGGUGGCAGCGUGUCCUGAUGCCCCCCACCUCCACUGGCCUUCCUGUAUCCCCUCGUGCCUGGUGCACAGCAGGCAGCAGGCUGGGAACCCAGAGCCACGGGGAACCAGGGUGCCACGGGCUGGGUAAGGAAAGUGAGGGGGCUGGCAGGGGACUCCCCCAACCAUCACUGUCCUCUCCCUCCAUCCCUGCCAAGGGUUGGCUGGGGCUGCGGGGCUGGGCGCUGAGCGGCACAGAACUAGAGGGUCACCGCAACGCUUCCCUACAAGACUGGCAGCAGCGGAGUAGCCUGGGGGUGCCAGCACGUUCCAUCCUGCACUCUCUUUACCAUUACCCAGACUCGGACUCCAGCAGCAGCUCCGAGGAGGAGUUUCCCUGCCGCCACCGGCCGUGUUGCCAGCACUGUCUGCAGAGUCCCUGCGGCCCUCUGGGCAGAAGCAGCAGCAGCAGCAGCAGUAGCAGCACAGAGACAGAUAUGGAGCCUGGCGGAGCCAUGGGACGCUGGCUGGAGCCCCAGGGCAAGACUCAGCCCGUUGUGAACUUCAAAGAAGAUCUGAAACCCACGUUUGUGUGAGCACAAGCACCCAUGCCUCAAAGGCGAGUGCCUCCUUCCUCCCCAAACACACCAUGGGGAAGGAACACAUUGAUGCAGAAGUGCAUCACUCUUGGUUGGGGAUGGCAGGAGAGCUCACAGCCUGUCCCACCUCUGAGCCAGGCUUUGUGGCCCAGUGCACGUUGGAGGCUCUCUGUUGAGGCUCAGUAGUAUUGGAAUUCAAGCGUGGAGUCCAAAGGUGACAUCUCUGGAUGUGGCCAUGUGUUUUAUAUGGCUCAGUUGCACAGUCAUAGGUUACACUCAGGUUGGCGCUGAAGGAAAGGAGAACCAAACAGUCUUAAAAGAGGAUCUGAAAAGGUCCCUCUUUUUUUUAUCUUUUUCUUCUCUUUUUUUCUUUUACUGCUUUUCUAAAUUUUCCUGGGGCUUCUGUGCCCCACUGUAUGUCUUUGUGGUAGGUGAAAUAGUCUGGGAUGGUUUAGGUUUGUUGGUUUGUUUAACUUAAUGCGGUUUGUUUCAUUUUUGUCUGAGAAAUACAAAGACCAGUAAAUGUGUUGUUCACUGUUCCUGUUGAAAUGUGUGUGAAGGCUUUUCAGUGUGUGGCUGCCACCGUAGAAGGAAGGGGAGCUGAGAGCUGGAGCCCGGCCUGCAGGACCCAGUGAAGGCAGGAAGCAACUAGUGCUGAAGGGAUGGCACCAGAUGUGUCCCCUACAGCCCUGAGCAGCCCGUUCCGUGCCCACCGCCCUGUGGUGCAGCCCUUGUCCCUGACCCCCAGCUGCCCCUCCCCUGGCACAGCUCCAUGCUGCCUCCAUCAGGCCUCCCCUCAGCUCCUCUGCUCUGCGCUGAGCACACCACAGGACCCCAGUGGCUCUUCACACCCCUUGCCCUCCAGACCCUUUGCCCUCUACAUAGCCCUCCUUUGGAUGCUUGCACAUAGUUUUAUGUCUUGAAAUGGGAACGCUCCAGAGUGUGAUCCCAGUGCCCAAGGUCCACAUCCUCUUGAGGCCCUGGUGGACCCUUCCCCAGCUGUGAGGGCAGCCAAAUGGUGGAGACUUAUGGAGGGGCUGGGCUCGGAUCUAUGGGGUUUGUUGCUCUGAUGGGAUUCAGGGAGAUGAAAGCUCUCCUUGCUAUGGGAUCCCCGGAAGAGAGCAUGGGAUGUGGGGUAGGAGAGUGGUGCCAACAAGAUGGAAAGGGUGUGUGUGAGCAAUGCCUGGUGCUUUUGGUGGGUCACAGCUCCAGCCUUCUCCCAUAUCCAGCAAAGAACAGAUUGAAUCCAGGUGGGAAGAUCCGAAGCUCUGUGUGGUAGACCAGGCUGCCUGUAUGUGAAAGAACAGAGAGAUUUGAUGGGCUGCCUUUUAUUGCCCUUAGUGUUAUGGGUUUAUCACAUUGAGCACUGCACACUGCAGGCCUUCCUGCUGCUUAUCUUUAGGUUGUGGUAUUUAGUACUUAGUAUUUGGUUCCCCCAUAGCUCCUUAUACAGCUCCUUAUACACAGCCUUUUGAGGAGCCUGUCUCCUUGUCAGCUGAUUCAAAACACCUUAAUUAGGGCUUUGCCUAGAACCUAAGGUGACCCAUGAAGGACCUUUCCCCAGUCUGCAGAGAGAAGAAGUGUUGCUAACCACAGGACAUUCCUGUGGCCAUGUGAAGAGCAGCAGCUGAUGGCCCUGCUUCUAUGGACAGAGUGGGUUUUGAGAAGGUGAGAGAGCACUGACAUCCACAUGUCACCUCCACAGGCCUGAAAGAAGCUGUGGAAGAGUUGUCCAACAGCCACGAGGGCUUCAGUGAAGCUCUGUCCUGAACACUCCUGCUUUCCUGAGCCCAGACACCAGACCAGUCUCUUACCCUGUUCUUCACACAUGCCUCCUCCUUGGCCUCUACUUCUAUGUAUUCCUCCAACUGCAGCUGCUGAUCUUACCCCAAAUCUGCUCUUAAAGCCAAGGGCAGCUAAGCUGUAGAUGUCCAUCUGUGAGGCAUGAAGCCCAUGGGUGUAAGCAGCACCCUGACCAGAGCUUUGUGCUUCAGAAAGUGAUCCCAUGCUUAAGGGACAGGAAAAAAAAACAAGAAAAAACAACCAUACAUAAAUCAGUGGGUGCUGAGAUGGUAGGAGAAGCCUCUCCCAGCAAGGUCUCUUGCUUUCAUGUCUACACCACUAGCUCUCUCCACUGUGCAGGAGCCUGCAGCUGAGCUGAGCUGGUUUUCCUCCAUCUUCUGCACCUGCAGCUUUAUGCUUUUUGCUGUCAGAGCGCAACCAUUUACGUAAGGAUUUGUUUUUCUCUUUUUUUUCUGUCCUAGAGCUUCAUGCAGACAGGAUGGGAGCAAGGGACUUUGUUCUGCCAGGCAGCUAUAUAAAGCGCUCAGUGAUUCAGCAUUUACUGUGCCUUACACAGAUUCCUCUGUUAUCAUAUCAGCAGGAAUGCGGGGCUAGGAGGGAUCUCCAAGUCACUGUCAUGUUCCCUUGCUGUGACAAGCACUGAGUCAUGAAGUCCCUCUUCUUCAUUUAUCACAGUCCAUCUCAGAAGUCGCUAGGAGUUUUCUUGGCAGGUUAUUCCGUAGCCUCACUCUGACACUGAGGAAACUUGUUUCUGAUUUCUAGCCCACAAUUUCUUUCCCCGAGCCUAUUUUUAUCCAUUUGUUUUCAUGCCAGUGCUGCCUUCUUGUUAAUAGCUUUUCUUCCUUCUUUAACCUGCUGUCUUAUAUGCUGAUAGAGAGUGGGGCUUUUGCUUCCCAGAAUCGUUUGUCUACUCAGACAAUAGAUCUUCUAUUUCUAGUUCCUUCCGGCAGCCCAUAGCUGCUGCUCUUCCUCUAAAGAGCUCGUCAAGUACAAGAAUGGGGCCACGCUCACCUUUCAGAAAGCAGACAAGAAGAAAUAAUCAUCAUUAGGGCACCAGAAGGGCAUGCCAGAAGUAGGCAGCUUUACUAGGGGUCAGCAAAAACAUUUUCUCUGAAAUCUCAUAAUGGAGCAGGGGGUGCUGGUACCCAUCAAGGGCUGGCUUUACCAACAGCAAUGUACUUGCAGAGGGAGGCCUGUUCAUCCCUCACAUGCUGAUGUUUCCUUCCAGCACAUCUCCUGCAAGUUCCAAGAGUGCACCUGCGCCUAGUCCUGGAGAGCCUGUACUUGUCAGAGCUUCCCAUGGCUUAGGACACUCAGUUGCCCAGAGAAGCUAUGGAUGCCCCAUGCCUGGAAGCAUUCAAGGUCUGGUUGAAUGGGGCUCGAGGAAGCCUGAUCUAGUGAGUGGCAGCCCUGCCCUCAAUGGUGGAACUGGAUGGACUUUGAAGUCCCUUCCAACACGAGCCACGGUUCUAUGAAUGGCAUUCCCUUUUUAUUGGACACAGUGAAUACAACCAGCAAGAUACCCUCCCAGAGGUGUGUGCUGGUUUCCAGGCAGUUUCACCUUGUAUCUAACUCAAAUUAUCAGGGCAAUAAAGAGUACAGCAGGAAUAUCGUGAGCUGACGCAAUCGCACCGUGCAUUUACAGCUCAGCUUGGCAGAUCCACGGGCAGUGGGAUACACCGUAAGUGGUUACAGCAAAUUCAAGUUGUUGUUUGAAAGCAGCUGCGUUUCUUUAAACAGCUCCCAAAUCCAGGUGCUGGAUAAAGGCGAUUCCUGUGACAGGUGAACCUUUCGUUUGCUGGUGGAUUAUGCUUUCACAAGUGUCAGCUCAUUUUCUCGCUAUUACAGCAUUUUUCAUACCAGUUACAAAAACACAUUUAAUGCUUUCCUGUGACCCAUUCUUUGUGACUCCCUGACAGAAAGGUCUCAUUCAGCUGUCAUUCAAGUGAUUCAAGUGGACGCAGGGCCAACUCCCUGAGAUACAUUCAGGCUUCCUUAAUAUGUAUUUACAAAAAGCCUUUUGAGUGCUUCCCGAGGGGGGCCACAGAGGCAGGUCAACCCUUCAAUGAACAGGAAAAUGAGAGCCAAUGCUCCCAGCCCUUGUGGCUUUCUUAGCCAGCAAGGCUUGAACCCCAGCAUGAAUCCCAGCAUUCACUGGAAAACAUGGUUGAGACAAGGGAAGGUAGGAAGGAGAUCAGGCAGCGGGCUGGAAUACAUGCGGUGAAGACUGAUGUUGCUGUUGAGUAAUCAGUAUUUGCUGUAUUUGGAUGAUUUGUUCACAAACAGCUGGUUUUAGUGAAUCAGACCAUAGUUUUGUGCACGCUCUUGCAUGUAUUUGUGUCCACCCUCAAAGAGGAAACGUCCCAAGUUCCCAGAAUCACCCCAUCAGGAACUGACUGGAAUUUGACAGCUGCAAAUCAGAAGGAGCCAAGAAUUCUCCUCUCCAUCAGAAAUUCAUUCAUCUGCUGAAAUAAGCGUGAGAUUUCUACUACUAAGCAGAGAUAUCUCUAGAUGAUGGUGACAUUAGAAACAGCCCCACAGGUGAGGUAAUUCCACUGUAGCAUUCUGCUAUGCAAUCAGAAGCUGGGCUGAGGGGGGCACUGUUCUACUAGAAGGGUGAUGCCCCUAAGCCAGACCCAGCAGGGGCCUAUUUAAUUUGCAACACUGGGCCUUUCCCCUUCUGGUCCUGAUGGCCACCAGUCCCACAGCAGGAGUUAAGGUCAGUUUUGCACUGACCACCCAUCUUACAGGGCAGCUGGAAAGAUACGGACAUUGUUUCAAAAGUUAUUGGUUGGAUUUUUGCAUGGGUGCCAAGAUCCAUGUUGCUGCAAGCUGAGCAACUGAGUGUUCCUCUCUCCCUUUACAGGAUUGUUAUAAAAUGAUUUCCCCCUGUGACCAGUCUAGGCUGUUCUAACGCACACUCAGAAAUGAAGCACUGACUUUUAAAAAGAUCUUCCUGCCCUUAGGGUGACAGAUGAAAGAACAGGUCACAGCUUUGUUCUGCUGCAACGUGUCUGGAAGUGUUGAGUGGCACGCUUUCAUUACAGCAACAUUUCCACUUGUCUCAUUGUUUUUUUGCAAGUUUGCAACCUACCUGUAGUGUAUUAAAGGAACUGCUGGGAUGACCAAAACAGCUAUGAGACACGGCUUUGCUCAUGUCACUUAGGCAGCAAUAGCCGUCUCUUGGCAGCUGUGUCUGUUGAACAGAGUACGUUGGCUUCCACCUGUAACAUAAACCUGGUGGCAUUUCUCAGCGGCUCAGCAGGCGUGCCCAAGCCCAGGAUAACAUCAGUUCAUUUAAUAAGCCGGAAUAUUGGCUUUACAAAAUAAAGUCAUCUGUUUAAGAGAAGUCCAAGGACGGUGCUCACAUCACUUCGGCAGCUUGAGCGUGCUGCUGCUUUAUCUCCGCCUUUGACUUUUGUCCCCAGUCUAAUACCACUGUUUUUAUGACUCUGCAGUAACCAGCGGAAUCAAUUAAUUUAGAUGUUCCAGAUAACGAGGAAUUUGUUCUGCAGCAAAAAGGUCUCCAAUGAAGACUAAAAUGUUAGAGGCCCAGAGCGUGCUGCAGUUAGUGAUUCUUUGAUAAUGAGUGAGAACAGAGAGGAGAAAAGCAAGGGUGAAAGAAGAUGAAAUACCUACUACUUCAUUAUCUGGCAUUAACAUCCCAGUGUGCAUUAAGGCUGCAUUCUCCAUAAAAAUACCUUGGGUUCACUUGCCUAUCGUCUCCUAAAAAUCGAGGUGUUAUACCAAAACGUUCACACCGAGUGUUCUGGAAGAACUAAAGUGAACGUGAUUCAGGAUGUUUCCAAGAACAUGUCUAAAAUAAAUGCAUUUUCUCUCA